GAGGCAAACUGCUGGCAUGGCAACUUGUCUGCGCUACCCGGGCAAGGUGGUGAUUGUGACUGGUGGCACCUCAGGCAUUGGUUCGGCCAUCGUGAGAGAAUUUGUUCACCAAGGAGCCAAUGUGGUCUUCUGUUCACGAGCCUCCGGAGCGGAAGAGGGACAGGCAAUGCAGAGGGACCUGCAGGCUUCAGGGUGCCCAGGGGAUGUUUUCUACCAGGUCUGUGAUGUAAAGAAUGAGUCAGACAUUAAGAGGCUGAUUUCGGUAACUAUACAACGUUACGGAUGCCUGGACUGCCUGGUGAACAAUGCGGGAACUAGUUAUUUCAAAACAAUAGAUGAAACGAGCUCCCAAGACUUCCGCAACCUCAUGGAAAUCAACACUGUGAGCUGUUUCUUAGCAGCCAAGUAUGCGCUGCCCUACUUACGGGAAACGAAAGGAAACAUCAUCAACAUGGCCAGUAUUACUGGUGUCAUUGGGAAGAAGGGUGAUGUGGCGUAUAACUCAAGCAAGGGUGCUAUAAUUGCAAUGACCAAAGCCCUGGCCAUCGAUGAGAGCAAAUAUGGAGUACGAGUCAACAGCAUCUCACCAGGAUAUAUUUCGACUCCUUUGACGGAAAGGGAUGCAAAUGCGUCACCAAAUCCAGAGAUGGCAAUGCGGAAAAUCAUCAAUAGUGGGCUUAUCCAACGUUUGGGGGCCCCAGAAGAAGUGGCCUUGGCUGCCUUGUACCUUGCUUCAGAUGGUACUUUCUGCACCGGUUUAAACCUUUUGAUCAGUGGCGGAGCUGAAGUCGGCUUUGGGAUAAAGAACCAGAUGGAUUCUGAGCCUGAACAAAGUGGGGGUGGGAACUCAAAGGGUUUCUCCAUCAAGCCUUAGUGCUGCAAUGAGGAGUAGGGAUAAGAAUUAAGAGUACAGUUGUCAUCGAUAGAAAGUCAUCCCUCCAAGAAGAAAAGCUUCACAAAGGUGUUGUAGCAAAAGGAAACAAAGGAAGAGAUGUUGAGUGUUGGACUAGGACAAGUCAGUAAUGAAACUUACUGGAUGUCCUUGGGCUAGUCAUGGAUACAUAGCAUGAACUGUCACAACUUAGGCUUUUUUGGAGAAAGGCAAAAUCCAAAAAGUCUCUUUAAGAGGCACCAGUUCAGAUAGGCCACACUGAUAAAGAAGACUCAUGUUCUUUAUUCUUGCCGGUAGGGUUGCUACUUUUCAAACUGGUCUCUCACUGGUUUCUGUAGUAUCGAUUUGAUCCACACAAAAAAUACCAGGUGGGGUGUCAUUUACUUCCAUGCCAUGGAAAUCUUCAACUGCCCAUUUCCACACAUAAGGGACAGGACAUUCUUCCCCAGGCCUGUUGGCUACCCUGUUUCCUGGGCUUCCAGUCCUGUAAUGUCUGAGGGGCAAGUAGAAAUUCAACAUUACUCCCUGUCCCAGAAUGAAAGAUGGCAGCCCCAUCUUGGAUUCAGCUUCACCUGGUCCAGACUCCGAUGGUGUGAGAACUAAGCCCUGGAAUGUCUCUUCUCAAUUUAGGCUUUAGUUGGUCAUAUGAGUGUGCCUCAAAACAGCAAGUUCAUGAAAUGGUGGAACUUCACUAAAUGUUUCCUGUUGAUGUUUUGUGUUUCAUUCCUCUUGGCUAACAACUGUGUCUUUUCUGAUAUGAAAUCCCAUCAUCCAAUAAAGA